GUGCUUCCGAAAAUCCGAUCCGCAACACCACCAACUCUGCUUCUUUGAAUUUCUUCAAAUCCAGAAGAAAAAAGAAGAGUUGGGGAAGAAUGAUUGGAGCAGGGAAGAUCAAGCAGUACUCCAAUGUCCUCGACAAGCCCCUCAGCAAGGGCAAACAAGAGGUCAGUUUGAGUGCGUUUGCGUUCUUGUUUUCGGAGCUUGUGCAGUACAACCAGACGCAGGUUGACAACAUAGCUGAGCUAGAACGAAGGCUGGAGGAUGCAGGAUAUGCUGUUGGGGCUCGAGUUCUGGAGCUUCUUUGCCAUCGGGAAAAGGGAAACAGAAGGGAAACGCGGUUGUUGGGAAUCCUGUCUUUUGUGCAUAGCACUGUUUGGAAGGUGUUAUUUGGAAAGGUAGCUGAUUCCCUUGAGAAAGGCACUGAACAUGAAGAUGAGUACAUGAUUAGUGAGAAGGAGCUCCUUGUGAACCGAUUUAUUUCGAUUCCAAAAGACAUGGGAACCUUUAAUUGUGGAGCAUUUGUUGCCGGAAUUGUAAGGGGUGUUUUGGACGGUGCUGGUUUUCCAGCUGUGGUAACAGCUCAUUUUGUACCAGUGGAGGGACAGCAACGACCUCGAACAACCAUCUUGAUAAAAUUUGCUGAAGAGGUACUACGAAGAGAAGCAAGGUUAGGUUGAUGUUCGUGGCACGGUCAUCUCAUUGUUAGUUUUCCUAGCGCUUCUCCGUAAUCCAAUGAAGAAGGCGGGGACUUACAGAUGGAUUGUCGAGCUAAUGAAAUUCGCACCUCUAAACUUGCGGGAAUUCGAAGUCCCACAUUGGUUAAUUCACUGUGUAAGCUAUGGCACAAUGAUGAUUUGAAAGUAGCUACAAUUUGUAAGUGUGGUUUUAUCUAGACGAGGAGAGAAGUAGAAAAAAUGAACAACACUUAAUUACUGCAAAUUAUGUUGUUUAUAGAAACUCGAAAGAACGACAGGCUUGUGCUUAAAAGAAGCCUCAUUUUAUCCC